AUCGAUUGAGUCCGUUGAUACAACUUAGCCAGCAAUGAUUUAAAGUCGCAUGCCGUUUGUUACAUCGUCUGUAUAAGCUUUAAGAAUUUGACUUUUAUGGUGCGCGGUAAGCGAUAGAUUAUGGUAGUGAUACUCUGUCGCUUACCAAGUCUCUGAAUAUUUGAUCUGAGAAAUGGCUGAUACAUGACUUUGACUAAUUUCUUAGUUAAGUAAGAUCAUGAUUUUUAAAGAACUAAAAUUCAAUCUUUUAAAUUACGUUUUUAUUAACCGGUGUCUAUGUGGCAUCGCCUAAAAGUUUAAAUCAGGGUCAAUCCAAGCUGCAUUGACCUGGCAAGCAACAAAGUUCUAAAGUGCCAGUAUAAAUGACAAAAUCCUAUGAUAAUAUGACGUUUCUAGUGGCAUUUCCACAUCGUCUCACUGCAAUGUCGAUUCAGCGUAGACUACGCUCAUUUCGUAUCACAAACAUUCCAUUAUUCGGCCACCAAAGAAGUAUUUUGUUUUGAAUUCCGUCUGACCCACGACCGACCGGCGCGCGCGGCGACCGCUAUCUGUCAGUCUGUCACUAUCAGCGAUUGUAUGAUAAAAUAAGCCUCCGCAGUACCGCGUCGUGCCCCGUCGCAGCCUGACGUAUCACAUUACCCCACGUUACCGUGCGUUAACCGCAAACACUUUAACCAUACGCGAAAGUUUAACUAAAAGUUCCAAGUGUAUUUCGUGUCGACGAAAUCAAACAGUAUUAUACAAGUGAUUAGUGUGUGAGAAUAACCAGUGUUUAGAACAUGUGUGUGCGAAGACUGUGAAUUAGUGAAGAUGAUAGUGAGGUAGCAGUACGCCCUCUGGCGGAGGAUCGUCGGAAACAUUCCACUUUUAAAAAUAGUUACCCAGGGCCCGGAGCAGCGCAGAGACUUCUGCAAAAUGACCAAGGGCCCUAGGAAAGUCAAGCUAGUCAUUGUAGUCAACAAUAAGAAAGACCCGCCGACAUUCAAGACGCUAACGCCGACGUCGCGCACGCACCUGAAGCAGCAGUUGAUGCGCGAGCAUGCUCAGGAGCAGCGUCGCAGGGAAUCUUUACAGGCACAGCAAGCGGGCCAGUCCAAGGACAAUGUGGACGAGAAGAAGAAGUCAGUACCGGCGGACGUGCCGCGGGUCGUGCCUCACGUUGAGCUGCCGCCACAGGUUCUGCAGGUGCGGACAGUUCUGGAGAACCCCACCCGGUAUCACGUGAUCCAGAAGCAGAAGAGCCAGGUGCGACAGUAUCUCAGUGAAUCCUUCCAACCCAAUACACAGGUUUCGGUGGUCCCACGAGGCGCACCGGUACAGUCGGCGCCAGAAUUGGGCACCAAACCACCGCCAUCACCUGACCAUGGAUCCUCGUCCAGCUUGCUCAGUCCUGGACUCUGUUCCGUGGGCACCACCAACUCAGAGGCUGAUGAGUUCCUAGAAGACAUCCUAUCAUUAGAUAGUGGGGCAGGCCCCCUGUCUUCGUCAGGGCCGCCUUCAGCCGCCAGUUCGGUCGCUGGUGACUGCGGGCUGCUUUCAGAUGCUGAUAUGCACGCAUUGGCUAAAGAUCGGCAGAAGAAAGACAACCAUAACAUGAGAACGUCUUCAGCCACCAGUUCCCUAGCUGGUGACUGCGCGCUGCUGUCAGACGCUGACAUGCACGCACUGGUCAAGGAUCGGCAGAAGAAAGACAACCAUAAUAUAAUCGAACGCCGUCGUCGCUUUAACAUCAACGACCGCAUCAAAGAACUCGGGACGCUGCUCCCGAAAACCAACGACCCAUUCUACGAGGUCAUCCGCGACGUGCGCCCCAAUAAGGGCACCAUCCUCAAGUCCAGCGUGGACUACAUCAAGUGUCUGAGGGAUGAAGUCAACCGGCUCAAGCAGAGCGAGCAGCGGAGGAAGCAGAUCGAGCUGCAUAACAGGAAACUUACGCUUAGGAUACAGGAAUUAGAGCGUAUAGCACGACUACACGGCUUACCGCUAACAGCAGCUGAAAACGGUGCCUCCCCCUCACCGGCUGAAGAGACACCGCCCCCUCCAGCCCCGGAGGUGAUCCUCCCGAAGACGGAGCCAUCCCCGUUGAUGGAGCUGGGCUCGCACUCGCACGCGGACGGGCCCGGGCCCGGGCCGGGCGGCGCGCAGCCCCCCGACCUGCUGCGCGACAUGCCCGGCGCCGCCGACUGCCUCUCCGUGCCCGACGCUUUAGAUGGUCUAAAGCUGGGCUCGUGCUCCCCGCUGCGCGGCGAGGAGGGCCUGUCGCUGGGCUGCCUGGAGCCCGACCUGUGCCUGGAGCAGGAGCCCGACCACUUCCUCAACCACAAACACAUAAAGAUGAGGAUGUCGCCAUCGCCCGGGCUGCUGGGCGACGGCGCCGUGCUCAACCUGGCGCAGAUCGAGGACCUCAUGGACGAUGACUCACAUAACCCCGUCACCACAGGAGACCCGAUGUUAUGUUCGUCGCCAACAUCGCAGCUAUGCAGCUUAUCCGACGUAGUCAGUGACGCAACGGAGCGGAGCAUCGCCAACAUGCUUCACGAUGCUGCGCAGUAUUCUCCGCACAGUGCAGGCACGUCCGGGCUGAUGGGCGAGGGCGCGCUGGGGCUGGGCGGGCUGGCGGCGCUGGGCGAGGGCUGCCUGCCCGCCCUCCUGCUCGGCGGCCCGCACCACCACGCGCCGCACUCGCCGCACAGCCACCCGCGCAACCACUGCUUCGACAUGGACCUCGGGGCUUAGCCCCACACUCAAGCGAGAGGUUCGAAGGUCCGUUCAUCUCUUUACACACCGGCGAUCCGCGAAGGACCGCCGAUCGAGGUCCACGUCGAUGAUUCCUUAUGAAUACGCGCGGCCGAAGGACCUAUAAUCUGAUUCUGAGGGCCAAAGAUCUAGUUCGAAGGACCACUAAUCCGACUUAAAGGACCGCUGACCGGAUUCGAAAGACGACUAAUACGGUUCAAAGGACCACUGACUGGAUUCGAAAGACGACUAAUCCGGUUCAAAGGACCACUGACCGGAUUAGAAAGACCACUAAUCCGGUUCAAAGUACCACUGACCGGAUUCGAAAGACCACUAAUCCAGUUCAAAGGACCACUGACCGGAUUCGAAAGACCACUAAUCUGGUUCAAAGGACCAUUGAUCCGGUUUGGAGAAUCGACCCGAACGACCAGCUGAUUGUAAGUGCUCGAAGACGUCAAUGAUAAAAUAACUCCUGAAUGUGUUGGUGAGAGAACUUGGACUCUUGAAGAGUUGUCAUGAAUUUGACAGUGAGAUUAUGUCAGUUUACAAAGAUGUCUGACAAUAAUGAACUACAGGUUUACAUUGAUAAUUAGGAGAAUCGAACUUUAGUCUUGUAGAUUGGUUUUAUCAUCAACGCCCGUCUUAGUAGUUUUUAAUUUCGUACCAGUAUUUUUGGAGAUUAUUUUACUCUUCCAUGUAGAUGGCGUUGCUUCCUUCGAAUUGCUAAAUAGUGUUCAAAUAAUGUUCUUAAAUAAUAAUCUAGUUAUAAUGUGUUCAUUAUUUGACUAUCGGCACGAUUGGUAAAAUUAGAAUAUUUUUGAUUGUUUUUAAUGUAUGCCAUUUAUGGAUUUUACUAAAUUACAUUAAAUUUUAUAGACGAUUUGAGUCCCAGUUAAUUUUAGAGAAACCAAAGAGAUCAUUAACAUUUGGGUAGAAAAGAAAACAUUUUUUAUAAAAAAUGUUACUCCACUAAAAGUAGAUAUUUUAUAUUAGUAAAAUCCUUCCUAAGUAGCUUAGAUAUUUAAGCGUUGUAGUUUUCGUGAUACACUAGUUACCAGCUCAUUUUAUUAUUAUUUUAAAAGCUAUAUUUUUAGAAUAUUUUGUUUGGCUGGAUACAGUUUUCACAGUUUUGAUUCUUUUUAAUUACUUAAAUAGAUUAGAAAAAUGCUUGUUUAUUGUUAAAUAAAUGUAUGUAACUUUUGAUGUUUUAAACAUUGCGUAUUAUAUGCUAGCAAAUUCUGUUCAUACAAAGUAUUAUGAAAUUUUGACAAUACUAUAUUUUUAAUAAAACAUAUAUUUUUAUGGUGCUCUUUUGGAUAUAAUAUAUGAAAUAAUCUUAUAAUUAAAUUAUAUAAAUACACUGGGAUAUUACCUAACUGACGGACCACAAUAUUUUAUACAGAAAAAAUGUGAUACAUUAUAUUUUAGAUAAUUAAUCAAUAAAUAAAAAUAAAAUAUUUUUGUACAUAGACUAUUUCAACAUCUUUAAUGUGUAUGAAACAAAGUGCCUUGAUUGUAGUAUUUAUGAAGUUUUUGACUUCGUGUAAAUAAAAUUAUUAGAAUUGUUGGAAACACACUGGUUUUGUAGAUCACAUUAUUUAUUAAGUUUUAUUUUGUGAUGAUUUUAUUGUUAAUUGUUACUGUUAGAAGCCUAUGCAGUAUAACAACGUUUGUCGAACAAAAAUUUAAUAGAUAUAUUAAAUACGGUUCCCACCAAACGGAGUCGAAGCGCAUUUCACAUUAGUACGGCCGCAAGCCGGUCGGCUGCUCGUCGCUCCUGCAUAGGCCCAUUGAAAAUGCGCUCCGCCGCGGCCCGACUCCAACUGGUCGGGGAGAAUUGUACAUUAAGGAGAAAAUUACUACAAAUUCGAUACCACUUUUCAAAUAAAUAUGACAACUUGUGUGUCACUGGUACAUUUAAAUUGGAACCAUACAACAGCUAAAAGAAGCAAAUUGAUAAACUUAACCUACUUUUGAUGGUCGUAAGUACUAGACUUAGAACUUUGAAGUUCUUUUAUAAAUUAUGGUACUGAAACAUGAUAUUGAGGUUUAGUAAAGUUAAGGAAAUUAGUAUAAUCUUUGAGAACGAAGAACGAAAAAAUCAUUUAAAAUUGUAUUCCACAUAGGAAGAAUUUAAUAUAUUUUUCCUACGGGAAGUGCAUAUUAUGUAUCAUGAUAUUGGAGCCUGGCUCUAGACUAAUGUGAAUAUGUGGAAUUAUGUGAGGUAGGUGUUAUCGCUCGGAGCUAAAUUUAUAAAAUAAAUAUUAUUAAGACUAUAAGUGACACCCCGUCUAAUGUGAAAUGAGUUAACACAGAACCUCGAUUAUCCGAACUCAUCGGGAUCGAGAUUAGUUCGGAUAGCCAAAUGUUCGGAAAAACGAUGGUUUUAUAGAACUAGCGAGAGUUUACAUAAAAAACUGUAUAUCAAAAAAAUACAUAUUAUCGUCGAAACACAAGACACCUGAAAAAAGUCGAAUACUUUGUUUAUAAUAAAAUACAAUAAAAUCGUAAUAUCUUAAUUGACGAACGGCUGAAUAAUUGAGUGUUCGGAUAAACUAAGUCAGCGUCCGAAUAAUUGAGUGUUCGGAUAAUCGAGGUUCUAUUGGAAUUACUAAACAUGUAAAACAGUGUUUUAAGAUGGUAAAGUACAUAUAUAAAUAUUAAGAAACAUACCUACAAUACUUACACUAUGAGGACUUUAUUCAUAAAAAGUAAAUUAAGUACGUACAGCAAUCUUAUAAAUAAAUAAUAAUAAAUAAAUAUUAUAGGACAUCAUUACACAAAUUGACUAAGUCCCACAGUAAGCUCAAUAAGGCUUGUGUUAUAUCUUAUGACCUUGCAGAUCAUUUCAUAAACCAAUGUACAUAGUUACAAAUGUUAUACUUUUUAUAUUAAAAAAUUACCUAGUUAUUGUACACAUAACUAAACUGUUCCAUCAUAUUUUUCUAUUUUAUCCAUAAGAUUCCUGUUAAUGCCAAGCUGCUGAACUAAUUGAGGAUUUUCUAAUUAAUCAUAAAAUUAUCUCAUUCUCAGCUUUUUCUUGAAUAAGGUCCUUAAUGUUUUGCGCAUCAUGUAUGACUGUAUGUAUUUAAAUUCAUACAUUUAUACACCAUGAGCCUGGUUAGUCAAAAUUUGACUUUCGAGUAUGUUGUAAAUGACUGCUGUCAACCCAAAAUAUAUUAUGUUUAUUUAUAUAUAGGUAUGUCGUGCAAUAAGAAACGUCGGUGCCAGUUUGCGCUCAAAAUAAUGUAAGCAAUAUUACUGUUCGUUUUAAGUGCUUUGACUUAGUAAAAUAUAAAAUAUUUUCAAUUCUGCGUAAUCAAUAUUAAAAUCACCCUCAUUUUAAUUAAAAUGUUUCAAUUAACUUCUUAAUAUCUAAAAUGUUGACUAAUGGUUGUUAGACAUUUUAGCUAUAUUAAUAUAAAAAGUAAUCCAGUCAAGUUAAUAUGAUAUCAAACCAAGCAGGCAAAAAAUAAGCAAAUACAAUUUUGCAAUCACAUUGAGGACUUUUUGUGGUCUAAAGUUUAGACCCUAAAGCUUUAUUAGGUACUAGAUUGUAAUGUUAUUACUUACAGGCAGCUAUUCAUAUAUUGACCUUGUUAAGAUAAUACAAUAUUUUUUUUAUUGAUAAAAACCUUUAUUUAACUAUAAAGGGCAAGCCACUGGGCCAUAUUAUAACGUUUAAUGAAAAAAUAUUAAGGCCGGGAAAUAUCGAAUUACUGGCCGAUAUACCCUAAACCGCUUAAGAAUUGUAUUUUAUCGAGUUCCGUGUUUAGGCCACGAGGCUGGCUGAGUGGCCUAAGUAAGGUACGAAAUUGAAAAGCUUUAUUAUAUCGCUAAUGUAUACAAUCAUUUUUAACUCUUUAAAUGCUUAGAACGCCUUUAACGGUUAUAAGUGCUAUGGCGUAUUUUCAACGAAACCUUCAACGUUUCCAGAGUUAUUGACGUGUCAAUAACAUUCUUAGGAUUGACAGAUGCAGAGGCGUAUUUUAAUAUUUGGCGCCCUGGGCGUGGGCUGCCCCAUGUAAUAAAAACAAAAGCAUUUUUUUCUCGGCGCCUUCUGGAAACGUGAGGCCUGCGCCUUUGCAGCCUACCGCUCCGGGCCAUGGCCCCCUUGGCCCUAGGGUAAAUACGCCCCCGGACAGAUGUAGAUUCAAAAGGUUACUAUUUUGAGAAUCAAAUUAAGCAAUUGAAUUUUUCGACAUUAAAUUGAAUGGAUUAUGAAAGAUAUUACAAACGAUAAGUUAAAAUUUUACUACUGAUGAUAUUUUGCUAUGUUAGACAUAACUCGAAGGUGAUAUUAAAACUACAGUGCCUUUAUUACGUAUUUGAAGACAUUAUUAUAGAUAAAUAUUUCUAUUUAUAUUAUUAUAUUAAAGUAAUUCGGGCGAAACACAAACAAAUGUAUGAAUUGUAUGUUAUUUAAUAUUGUAUGAGAUUAAAAAUAUUGUUGAAGUACAAAACGUAAAUAAAACACAAUUUACUAGA